AUGCCUGCACCAUCUCUCGACCAGCAGGACACAGAGUCCGUCUCCUCCGUGGACAGCUUCGACCCAGCCCCCACUCUGGUCAAGAAGACAAUCACCAGAGAAGAAGCACUCGAGCGAGCUGGCGGGAAUAUCGCCAAGAUGGGCAAGUCAAAGUUUUUCGACAAGCUUUUGGGGCCAACAGUAUCCAAAUGGCUCGCCGAACCAAUCCUCCGCGUCCUGCCUCCCGAGAUGAAGCAUACCGUUCAUGCCUGGUGCCUAAGUCACGAUCCGAUGUGGUUUAACAAACUUUCCGAGUUCAUCGACGAUGAUAUCUCUGAAUGGGAGUAUACCGUUGAGGUCCCAAAGCGGCGAAAGGACAUGGCCUUCUGCGGAAUGGGCGCGGAUAUCUUGCGUUUCUACGUUGCGGAUCUUAAGCCCUUGCAGCUGGAACGUCGAGAGAUUGUCAACAAGGUCCGUCGGGGAAUCGCCCUCUUCGCUGACUUUCAUGACGAGAAGAUGAAGGACAUGGAACGGGAGGCGUACGAGCUUGUACAGCAGGAACGUGACUCAAUGGAAAUCGAGCGUAGCGCUUUCGCCACUGCAUUUGAACUCCAGAACGAAGCCAUCGCUGACUAG